CGGGAGUCUUUCGACCAGGGUUCCUGAGGGAAGCAGAGAAUGGCGCUGGUUCCCUGAAGCAAGAGCCUAGGGAAGAGUGGCACAGGCUCCGGCCGGAGCCCAAAGGCGGCGGCGCGGCCAACAUGGCCUGCUGUCACAACGUAAUGCUGCUGCUGGACACCGCGGGCGGAGCCGCUGGUCAGAGCCCCGUCCGGCGGGCUGCCCUGCGCCUCCUCACCUACCUGAGUUGCCGGUUCGGCCUGGCCAGGGUCCGCUGGGCCUUCAGGUUCUUUGACUCUCAAGGGGCGCGGAGUCGGCCUUCCCGGGUGUCUGAUUUCCGCGAGCUGGGGGUCCGCUCCUGGGAGGAUUUUGAGGAGGAGCUGGAGACCAGGCUUAGGGAGGGCGCCCGCGGCGCUCACCUGCCGGGCCCGGCGCCCAGGGCCACCCACACGCACAGCGCUCUCAUGGAGACGCUGCUAGACUAUCAGUGGGACCGGCCCGAGAUCACAUCGCCCACGAAGCCGAUUUUGCGCAGCAGCGGGAGAAGACUGUUGGACGUAGAGAGCGAGGCCAGAGAGGCCGAGUCUGCGCUCGGGAGCUUUGUGAACGCCGUCUUCCUCCUGGCCCCUUGUCCGCAUUCGCAGAGGGAGCUGCUGCAGUUCGUGUCUGGCUGCGAGGUCCAGGCCCAGGGCCUGCCGCCUACUCCUAAGCAGGUGAUGGAGAAGUUGCUGCCCAAGAGAGUCCAGGAAGUCAUGAUCGCCCGAAAAAUCACUUUGUACUGGGUGGAUACCACCGAGUGGUCUAAGCUGUGGGAAUCCCCAGACCACCUUGGUUACUGGACAGUAUGUGAACUGCUCCACCAUGUAGGAGGUACUGUCUUGCCAUUUGAAACUUUCAGCCAGGAUUUUACCAAAGUUGGGGAAACACUUCUUGGUAAUGAAAGAAAGCUGUCAAGGGAACCUCACCUCUCUUCAUGGAUUUCAGCUCUGCCAACUGAUUCCACUUUAAACUGUUUGCUCUAUAAUUCUCCUGAGUAUGAAGCCUCAUUUCCACGGAUGGAAGGAACGUUAUUUCUCCCUGUUGAAGGGAAAGAGAUUCAAGAAACAUGGACAGUUACCCUACAGCCCUUGGCCAUGCAUCAGAGACAUUUUCAGAAACCAGUCAGAAUUUUUCUAAAAGGCACAGUAACCCAGUGGUCUCUCCCAAAAAGCAGCACUUUGUGCACUGACAGCUGGAUGCUACAAAGUCCGGAGGAGAAUAAAUCAACUCAAAGGAUAUUUCAGCAGCUGGUAAAUAGGCUGACUGCUGAAGAGUUACAUCUGGUUGCCAGUGUGGACCCUGGUGAAGGCUGGCCCCCCGUCACUGGAGUCAUUUCCCCCUUCUCUACCAGUGCUACAAUUCUCACUGUGUUCCACACCAAGGAGGCUGAAUUUCAAAGACAUUUUCUCCAAACAGUCAUGACAGAGAGCCCCCAAGAUUCAACUUCCCUUUUUUCUGAGGUUAUGGAUGGUGUAUUGAAUCAGAUUCACAAUUCACUUGAAGAUUCUGCUACAUCUGCUCCUCCUAUUCCAGAAUGGGCCCAGCAGGAGCUGCGCCGCUCCAUUCCCUGGAGUGCGGCUGUUCUGGAGAAGUGGUUUCCUUGCUCUAACCUGAGUGGCGCCAGUUCAAAUUUGAUGGAGUCAUUUUGGUUACUACAGGCUGCCUCAUCUAAUAAGGAAGAGUCUUCCAAAACUGAAAGUGAAUUAACACGUUGCCUCUCUGAGUUCUACCAGAGAAAGUCUCGUGAAGAAUCCACUGUGUCCAAUCAGGAAGACAGCAAAAAGAAACGAGGUGUCCCUCGUACUCCAGUGAGGCAGAAGAUGAAUACCAUGUGCCGUUCCUUAAAGAUGCUGAAUGUUGCAAGACUGAAUGUAAAGGCUCAGAAGUUACAUCCAGAUGGCAGUCCAGACACAGCUGGGGAGAAAGGGAUCCAAAAGAUGGCCAGUGGAAGAACAGAUAAAUUGGAAAACAGAGGGAGAACACAAAGGAGUUCUAAACCCAAAGAUUUUAAAACUGAGGAGGAGCUACUAUCUUACGUACAUGAAAAUUACCAAAAGACCUUGGCUACAGGAGAAAUUGUGUUGUAUUCAUGUGCUCAGAACAUGAUCUCAAACAUUAAAGCAUUCCUAAAAUCCAAAGGCACCAAGGAAUUAGAAAUGAACUGCCUACAUCAAGUGAAAAACAGCCUCUUAAAAACUAGCAAAAGUCUUCGACAGAAUGUAGGAAAACUGAAUAAGGAAGACAAAGUGAGAGAGUGCCAGCUUCAGGUAUUUCUUCGUUUGGAGAUGUGUCUGCAGUGCCCUUCAAUACAUGAAAACAUAGAUGAUAUGGAGCAAGUAGUGGAGGAGGUGACAGAUCUGCUGCGCAUGGUGUAUUUAACUGAAGACUCAGCAUACCUAGCAAAGUUCCUGGAGGAAAUUUUGGGAUUGUAUAUUGACUCAAUCCCAAAGACACUUGGAAAUCUUUACAACAGCCUAGGGUUUGCGAUUCCUCAGAAGCUGGCUGCUGUCCUUCCUACAGAUUUUUUCAGUGAUGACGCCAUGACACAGGAGAGCAAAUCACCCCUUUCUGUGCCUCUUACAUCAAGUGCUCAUAGAUCAGCAUCGGGUGGCACUGAAUCUGACCAACUGGAGGAGAUUCGUACCAGAUCAGCUAAGAAGAGAAGGAAAAAUGCAAUAAGACAUAAAAGUAUUGCAGAGGUUUCACAAAAUCUUCGACAAAUUGAAAUUCCCAAAGUGUCCAAGAGAGCUACAAAAAACGAGAAUUCUCACCCUACUCUUCAGCAGCCUCCACUCCCAGUAAAAGACACAGUACAUGAAGUGACCAAAGUUCGAAGAAAUCUCUUCAACCAGGAAAUGAUUUCUCCUUCAAAGAGAAUAAAGCGGGGGUUACCUAGAAGCCAUUCUGUGUCAGCUGUAGAAGGUCUGGAGUAUAAACUUGACAACUUCAAGAGCACCAAAGGUUAUCGCAAGCUGCUGACUAAGAGUGUGGCUGAGACUCCAGUACAUAAGCAAAUCUCCAGAAGAUUGCUUCAUAGACAAAUUAAGGGCAGAUCAGCUGAUCCUGGUCCUGAUAUUAAUGUUGUUGAAGAGUCCCCAGAAAAAGGAGAAAAUGAAGUAAGUUUGAGACGAAGUCCUCGAAUCAAGCAGUUGUCAUUCAGCAGGACAAAUUCUGGUUCCUUCUACUCUGUGUCUCAACCAAAGUCUCGAAGUAUACAAAGAGUUCACUCACUCCAGCAAGUCAAGUCAGACCAAAGAGAAAAUUCCCUAGUCCAAAGUAUUCGGUCUCCCAAGAGGCUUCUUUUCGGGGCAAUGUCUGAGAUGAUCAGUCCCCCCGAGAAGGGUUCAGCUCAAACUAAAAGGCCUUCAAGAAACGCAUUGGGUUCUGAAAUACCUACAGUUUAUCAGACUCCUGAGAAGAGUUCCUGGAAAUCUCCGAGCUCUUCCAAAGCUACACCAAGAAGAUUCCCUCAUACACCGCCAACUCCAUUGUGCACCCCUGAGAGGAUGCGAAAAUCCCCUGCAGAAAUGACCCCUGCCAAAAAGGUCAUUUUUAAGGAGUCCAUAAAAGACUCCUCACACAGCUGGGAUUCACCAUCUCAACCAAAAGUCACUCCCCAGAGAGGACGCUCCCUGGCAGAAGGGGGCACCUCUCCUCUUGAAAUGAUACCGAGAACUCCCCAAAGGCCAGGCAGUCAGCCACCUAGGCUUUUGCAGAACUCUCCUUGGCCGCGUUUGAUGAAUUCUAAUCCAGAAAGCACCUCCUGCCCAGCAGCCCUGGUUUCAUCAGCUUCCCAGACCAGGAGUGAGUGUCUGACUCCCGUCAGAUACUCUCAAACACCUCUGAGGGGAGCAGCCUCGGGGGUGCCAAGAGAAGCUGCCUUCGUGGGCACACCUCCAAACCAGAAAGGCCAGCUCCUCUGUGGCCCCGGAGCUUCUCAGGCAGAGGAGCUGGCGCAGAAGUGGAAGGAUGCAGCUAUCAGAACCCCAGAGAGAUCAGGGAACACAACUCUGACUUGUUCCCCACCGAUUUCCACAGAGAAUUCUAUUACCUCUCCUUUAUGUGGUAUUUCCAGGAAGAGUCCAUUUGGGAAAUUUUCUAUAGAGUCUCCUUCCCCUGGAGAACUGGAUUGGAAAGAGGCCCGGCAGUCAUCCAGCGUAGUCACAUCUCCCUCCUGUCCUGCUCCCUCAACUCCCCUCAAAGCCUCACAAAUAGCUAAAUCCGACCCCCGACCCCCUCCACCCCCUUCUAAAAUUGGCAAAAGGCACAGAAAGACCACUGAUCCUGAAAGAAGCUUCCUGGAGGGCCAGCCUAACAGCUCUGCUGCCUGGAGGGUUGCCGUAACCAACAACCCAGUUGCCGUCACAGACACUACAAAGAACUGGAAGGAAGUGACCCUCUCUCCUGAAAGACAUAGUUACCCUGCGACUGGCUUCGCAAGUGACUGGUGUACAUCCCCUCCUCUGCUUAUUGCAGGAGACUCGGAGUAUCUUACUCUCUUGGAUGAAGCUGAGCGCCAUGGCGGUGAUAACUUCAGUAGUAACACUUCACCAGUGGAAGAAGGUGAGGGGUCAGGGACAUUGGCUGCAGAUGAGAAGCCUUCUCUGUGCAAUCUGGGGAUUCCUCCCUCUUCUUCCUCUGAGCCCUGCUCUCCCUGGACACCCUCCUAUGACCUGCGCUGCACCGCAGACAGGAGGCAGCGCCAGGCUGCUGCACAACUGGAGAAUCUGCAGGCGUCAACCUGGCUCUCUGAAGCCUCUGCUAGCCCACAGACCUACGAGGUUGAGCUGGAGAUGCAAGCUUCGGGCCUUCCCAAGCUUCGAAUUAAAAAGAUAGACCCCAGCCCUCUGUCAGAAGCUGAGCCCCUGCAAAGGGAGGAGAGCUUUCUGGGAGAGGAGAGUUCCCUCCCUGGUCUCGGCAUGCCCAGGGCCAGCAAGUCCUCAGGCAAACCCGAAGCCACCUACCUGUCACCUCCCUGCCUUUGCCCCUCGCACAGCACCCCUGGCAAGAGCGGGGGACAGACCUACAUCUGCCAGUCCUGUACCCCAACCCGCUGCCCCUCUAGUACCCCCUCUCCGUUUCAGACAGAUGUUGGGGUUCCUUGGACACCAUCCCCCAAGCACAGCGGGAAGACAACUCCGGACACAAUUAAAGACUGGCCCCGGAGGAAGAGGGCGGUGGACCGCAGCCUCGGUUCCUCUGCCGGGAGGAGCGAGGUCAGCACAGAGCUUCCUGGGGCUGUGUCACUGCUGGAGCUGGAGGGAAAGGAACGAGGCCUUGAACUCAGCAUCACCAAGACUGCCAUCCUGGGGGAUUUUGAGCUCGAGGGAGUGUGUCAGCUGCCAGACCAGUCGCCUCCAAGGGACAGUGUGCCUAAGGCCGAGGAAGCCUUCUUCUGGGGACAGUCUGGUUUGGGAUCCAGGAAGAGACUGCUUUCUGCCAAGGAAGAAGCUGAUUGUCAAGCCAAAAGAGUCUGUGACAAGCAGAGAGUAGACUCUGAAGUCAGUAGGAGUGAAGAGAGGUCCCCAGGCACGGGUGUGCGACAGCUCCCCUCUGUGGCAGAUGACGAGGUGUUUGUUUCAGGUGCCACCCCGCCUCCCGGCUGUGCCAUGCGGAGCUGCCUCUCUGCCAGCGGCCUGCAGGCGCUGACCCACUCUCCGCUGCUUUUUCAGGGGAAAACGCCCUCUCAGUAUAAAGACGCCAGAGAUGAGGAUGUGGAUGUAUUUCCUCCCACCACAGAAGACUCUCCUUUCAGCCGAGCAUUCUCCAGGAGACGCCCCAUCAGCAGAACUUAUACACGGAAGAAGCUGAUUAGCUAGUUAGGAUGGAACUGGUUGGGGGACCUGUAACUACAAACACUACUGAGCUUGCCCAGAGCCACAAACAGUGCACUCCCCGACAGGAGAGGUUCUCUGAGAGCAGUCUUCUCUGGAUGUAUAAGGAAUUCCAGACGCAUACCAUAAGGGAAUUCUUAGCAACGUACCCAGAAACUGGGUUCAUCUGAGCCAUGGCACCACUGGUCUGCUCAUCAUAUGUAACUCUCAGCUUCCUGCACAGAAACAGGAAUAACCAGGGCUUAAUGGAACUGAGGAAAUUUAAAGGAUGAAGGUAAGGUCAGCCAGAUCCCCAAGGGCACAAAGAAACUGGGGGCCUGGUCCCAAGCCUCCUUGACUGUGGUCAGCUUUCAGAUUCCUACUAGAAUGCCUUCAAGUUUUCAAAUCCCCCUUGUGGGAUCCAUCCACCCCCAAGCCCAGCCCUAAUCCACGAUGCCUGCCCUGUGUCAGGGAAGUGGUACAGCUGGUGGUAGAACCCAGAGGCAGCCUGGGAGUCAGGAACCAAAUAAGGAACUGAGACCAAGAUCCCCUUCUAGCCCCACCCCAACCAUGACUGUGGUAAGUCAGACCACACUGCUUCAUUUGUGAGAUGGGAGGACUGUUACACAGGUCCCUCGCAGAGCUGCUGUAAGCCUGGAACCCCAAGACAGAGGCAGUGCUUGGAGAUGGAAGCAGCUUACACAAAGUAAAAGACUGUGUCAUGGGGGCAGAAUAAAUGUUUUGCAUUCUCUGUCUAACAAUAAAAUCAUUUCUAGCUACUUA